CUGUGGUGGUGAAAAAUGAAACGUGGUUUGACCUUUUUUCACCCAAUGAACAUUUAAUGGGCAGUGAGCUGAUAAGAUGGAUAAUAAGUGAAAUCUAUGCAGUUUGGAAAUUGUAUAAUGCACCUGCUUUGAGUCCCGAUCCUAAAGCUAAUGCAAAUGAAGCACCUCAGCUUUCGUGGAAGCCAUGGGAACAUAUAUACUCGUUAUGCAAAGCUAUCAAGGGACAUAUGCCAUUGUACAAUAGCUAUGGAAAAUACGUGGUAAAGCUUUAUUGGAUGGGUAGCUGGCGAAAGAUCAUUGUGGAUGACAGCAUACCUUUCAAUGAAGACAAUGAUAUGCUGCUUCCAGUAACAACAUGUGAAAUUGAACUUUGGCCAUUGAUAUUAUCCAAAGCCAUAAUUAAACUAGCAAACAAUGACAUAAAUGAUGUAGGAAAAAGGGAACUGGGGGAAUUCACAGUUCUCCAUGCACUUACUGGAUGGAUACCAGAAAUUAUUCCUCUCCAAUCUGGAUAUAUGGAUAAAGUUUGGGAAUUCUUAAGAGAGACAUUGCCAGAAUUUAAGUUACCGGAAGAAUCUGUUCCUGAACUUAAGAUGUCACUUCAAGACAGUAAAAAAGAUCUAAAAUCAUCUGACAUUAAAAAUGAUGCCGUACCUACUGUUAAGCCACCAGAAAAGGUAGAGAAACCUGAAAAAACUGCCAAAGAGAAGCAAGAUCAAAAAGAUGUUGGAAAGAAGAGAAGCAAAGAUGGUGAAAGGGAUAAAUUUAGGCCAGGGCCUCAUUCUGGACGUGUGUCUUCUGACUUUCAAAAUUCUCUCCAGCUGUUUCUUGAUGGUUCUGCAACACCACUGCAACCACAGAUGGUGGUAUAUGCUUGCUAUAUGCCUCUUUAUGUGUCUGAAAGAAAGAUAUUUGUAUUAGGGAAAAUGGCUGAUUCAUCUGAGCAGUUGCGGCAAUAUGGUCUUUCCCACAUAUACAGUCACCCUGCACUGCUAACCAGAACAAGGUCCGGUCCCCUGGUAGCCCCUCCAAAACCACCACCUAUUCCUCGUUGGAAACUUAUCCGCCAGAAAAAAGAAACUAUUGUGACUGAUGAACCCCAAGAACCUGUCAUAAAAAAGCCAGAACAAUUCAUUGAGCUUGCUAGCCCGUUUCUGAGCUAUAGACUUUCUCCAAUACCAAUACCAAGAGACACCCAUUUCCCACCUUCUACAUUCAAAAAAGGAUCUCUUCCUGCAUCCAGUCUUCCUGCUGUCACUGAAAAUGAUGAAAGCAUAAUUGACUCUUCUGCAGAUUCAAAUUUAACGAGUACAGAAGAAAUUUCUCAGGAAUCUGCUUUAGCUGCACCACAUACUGGUACUGUGGAAGGAUCCACCAAAGGGGAAUCAACUGAAAAAAUAAGUAGUGAAGCAGCUCCAAUGCCAGAAUCAACAGAACCUGCUAAUAACCAGUUGGGAAAUAAAUCUCAGGAAGAGAUUGAAUCAGAUAAGAGCCCCAUCUCCAAGGAAAUAUGGAUGGACUAUGAAGAUUUCUGUGUUAGUUUUCAGAAUUUGUAUGUUUUCCACAAGCCAAAUACCUAUAGCUACACCUAUCAGAAGUCAGAUUUUAGAAUGGUGGACGAUCGUAUUGUAUAUUAUUUAUCUGUAGAUAGUUUGAAGGCUAUUGAUAUCCUGGUUAGCUUUUCUGCAUUAGUACACUGGGGGGAAUCAGGAGCAAGUGCACAAAAAGAAGGUCAUGUUUUGCCCAAGGGAUUACUCAUGGUUGAAAAAUUCUCAUGGAAAAAUUUGGCUCCAGGACAAUUAAUCCUGAAGAUCCAUACAUAUGCCACUAAAGCUGCUGUGAUAAAUCUUCCUGCUGGGCGCCAUGUGUUACUCUUCACUGCGAGCUCUCCCGUAGGGCACCAUAUCCAUCUUUGUAGCAUGGUCCCAUGUGUGUUUGGUGAAGAGGAUAUUGUCCUGCCAAAUCUUGAAAAGGAAAGCUAUCGGUUCAUAGAACAAGCCACCACUAUCAUGAAAGCCAUUGGAAAUGUGAUAUUUAACUAUGGGAAUGCAGAAAACCUUCCCGCAGCCAUAAAGACACUGGAAGCAACGCAUUGUCCUCCUGGCCUCUGUGCUCCAGGAACAAUUAGAGAACACUUCAAGGCUUUCAAUAAUGCUUUUUGGCAUUUGAUAAAACAGACAUUGGGGAAUGUUCCUCUCAACUAUAAAUUUGCUUACAGAUGUUUCACUUUGGAUUUUAAAGACAGUGAUGUGUCUGUUGAAGACACAGACUCCUCAGAGCUGACAGAGGCAAAUGUUUCUGCUUUGCAAAUCAAAGAUCCCACACCUGAAGAGGAGAAAGUUGCACUUAAACUGCAGGCUGUCUGGAAAGGGUCUUAUGUGCGGCUACUAAUGAAUGGCAGAAAACCAGGUACUAAGGAGAAUACUAAAGUCAAAGACACACUUCAAAAGUUGUGGGCUCUAAUAGAGCCAAAUUUUGAACAAUGUUCUUUGACAUUUUUGAGAGAUAUGUUCAAAAGUAAAUGUAAGUCACUUGAAAAAUACCGUUGCGCUGAAGAUGAGUGGACUAAGACAUCUUUUGCUGAUUAUACUGUAACAUAUGGGGACCAGCCUGCAAAUUUUUGGUUUGUGGUCUUCAGAGAGGUGUUUUAUGUUCCAGAAGAUAUGAUCAUAGCAGCAAAGUUUUAUUCUUCCAUACCUACAUGCGCAUUGCACGUCGUAGACAAUGAUACAUUGGAAGAAAUGCCUCGGAUCUUUCUCAGGGUUGCACCACAUCUUUAUACAAAGAAUAAGAGAGGAUAUACUUUUAUGGCUGAAGUUCAAACUGGCGAGUCACCAGUGUUGGCUGGGAAAUGGAGGCUUCGACUCAUAGGUUCCUACAGUCCCCUUCCAGUUAUUUCUCGUGAGACUAUAAACAAUGUAUAUUCCUUUAAAGAAGCUAAAGACUAUUAUGUACCAAAUGCUAAGAAUAUUAUAUUCAGGUAUGUAGUAAAAGUAACAACACCACUUAUGGCUACUGUGCAAGUACAGACCUCCAAGCCAGAUGUAAUCAUUAAAGUCCAAGUUCUGGACUCUGAGGAAGAAAUGGUGCACUCUGUUGGGAAGGGUCAUGCUGUUGUUCCUGCAUUUUAUUUCAUAUCUAAUGAGCGGCCUCUAAGUAGCAUGUCAACAUCAAGUAAAGGUGGAGUUGCCCAAAGCGCUCCCAAAAAGGAACCUGAAGUAGUUGCAGCCUCUAAGAAAAAAGGUUCUGUGGCAACUCAGAAGAAUGUCAAGUCUCCAGCCAAGAUGUUACAGGAAGGCCCAACUUCAACAGAAGAAGAAAUUAUUGUUACCCCUGUUCUUGAUGAAAAUUUAUUUCAGCAGCCUCACAAGUAUAUUAUACAAGCCUCAGUGUUGCAUAACAGUUGGCCACUUACUGAGAACCAAUUGGUAUUUGUUCAGGCACUGAGAGAACUGGAAAAAAAUGAAAUCAAAGCACGUCCUAUUGAAAAACAUGAAGAAAGUGUAAGUGUCCUAAGUCCAGACAUUCACAGCAACAUGGAAGGACAAAAAUCUGCAGGCUCUUCCAAGGGAGGUCGAAAAGUGAAGGAGAAAACAACUGAGAAGGCAGAAAAAGCUGCUAAAGAAAAACCUGUAACUGUUGUUAGGCCCGAAUCACAGCAAUCUGAUCCUAACAAACCUUCCUGGAUCUUACGUCUAGUCGUUGAACAAAAUGAAAUAGAAGCAGUGGAUUUGAAGAAAGACACUGAGAGAGCAGAUGAGAUCAAAGCUAUGAAGCAAGCAUGGGAGGCUGCGGAGCCAGGGAGAGCUGUUAAGGCUGUUCAGGAGCGCAUGCAGUUUAUUAAUAAAUGUGCGCGGAAAGGUUUUGUUGCGUCUGAGGCUGACAGUGUCAGCAUUAGAGUGAGUUCAGGAGAAACAGGGACUGCUUCUCCUGUUUCUGAACUAGUGGUGUCCCCCCCUGGAGUAGUUGCUGAAACGCAGCGGAAGGAAUUCGAACCUUUAGACCUAUCUCCCUAUAUUAGAAAAACACUACCUGAACCUGUCUUGAAAAAUGAAGCUAUUAUUCAAGAGCAAGAGAUGCGUAAGGCAGAAGAAAUAAAUCAUUUUAGACAAUUUCGAGAGAUGGUUGGAGAACACAGAGAGCAAGAACACACGGCUAGGAAUCAGUUGAAGCAAAAUGUACUUGAUAUGUAUGACAAUCUUCAAAAAAAUAGGAAAUACAGAUCAACAAGGGAGGGUAAAGGUGCCUUUCAGAGAAAAAAGAAGCUAAAAAGAAAAUAUAAAACUAAGGAAGACCAGACCACUAUCCAUGCUGAGCUAGGAAAAAGAAGAGCAAAACCCAUGGUUGAAGCAUGUACAGACCACCUCACCUACUGACUUCAGAAGGCCUCUGCUAUGGCAUAGGCCCAGCUAUAGUCAAGCUUUGUGUGACUAAUGGGCCGGGUGUGUGCUUGCAUCCCUCCAUAUCAGAAGCAUCCAUCAGGCUCAAUGGAAAGCAGUUCACAUCUCCAUCUGGACUGACCAUCUACGUGACCGACGUGUUCAGCUCUCUCUUGCAGAAUUUGAGAAGUAGAGGAACU